AUGCCGAAUAUAGAGGAGAGACUGGUUGCGAAGUUGUUCUUCGUGGAUCAACACGGGACGGAAACACAUCGCAUGUCCACACUAGUACCAUGGACUCAGGCUGAUACCUACCAGAGCUUCUUAAGCCUUGUUGUCAAAUGCUUUAACGAUCCUGACCUCACUCGGGAAUUCAAUAGAAAAUACGAUAUUCCUUUACAGUGUGCCAUACACGAGGAUAAAAGCACCCUAUGGGCCCGCGUCUGCCAGCAAAAUUGGACCUUGCUCACACCGCAAGAUACUUUGGGAAUCUUCCUUCCACACGUCAAGGAGGAAGAAGUCCAGGAUGGCCAUGAGCCUUCGGAGAAUGAUACGAAGGAUCCUGUAGACAUCGACAAGAAGGUUCCGGGGCUCGUUUGCCUUACAUGUGAUCAAUAUGGAGCAGCAACUCCGGGAAGCGGCGGGGUCGUUAUCGCGCUUCCAAAGACCUACGAGGAUCUUGAAUCCAUCGCUUGGACUGCAUACGGACUCGGAAACGGUGAAUUCAAGGAGCAGACACGACUUUCGACUUGCAUUCCUGAUCAUACUGGACGCAGCAUCUGGGUAGCUUUCGACGAGCCCGCAUACGAACGCUUGAUCGGCCUCUGUUCGAGCCACACCUUUCAUGUGAAGGUAUCAUUUGCCUAG